CAUGCUCAAUAGUAGCUAAAGCUUUCAGGGGGAAGGGCAUAAGUAGUAACUAGUAAAGCAUAAACAGCAUUUCUGGCAACUAGACAUUAAAGAGCUCUUCAUUUUAAAGGUAUAGAUAGAGAGAGUGGAGGGUGAGGGGUAUGUAUGUAUAGGAAGUUUUGAACCUUUUUUGAAGGUAGCUUGGAGUAAAGGGUUUGGUAUCUGUGCAGUUUGAGGUAUUUGUCCUUAAUUUGGAAGGAAAUAAGGCAUUGAAGAUUAAUAUUCACUUACUUUAUUGUAGAUAGAUAGUCAAUGUACAUGUAUAAUGGCCUUGCAUGUGAUAAUAAUUACUGUAUUAUACAAACACAGGGAAAAAGGAUAAAGGAAAUUAAAGGAAGAUGAGCUACGGUGUGUUGCUGAGGGGUCUUCCGUACGACUGUUCUACUGACGACAUAAUGCAAUUCUUUAAUGCAAUCAACCUUUAUAAGAACAGCGUGGAAAUGGUACACAUGUUUAAUGGUCGCUUCUCUGGUAUCGCACACGUGAAGCUAAGGAGUCGGGACGAUGUGAAGCUUGCACUGCUUAUGGACCAGAAUCAUAUUGGAGAUAGGUAUAUCGACGUGAUGGAAAUCAGUGAGGAGAAGUUAGAGCAGAUAAGAGAUGCUUCUAUUUCUGGGAUAGCAAGGACCGAGCUUCAUCGAAUGUGUAACAGUGACGCUCCUGUAGGGAGUGGUCGUCCUCCCCUCCCUCCUCCUCGUAGUGUUGAGAAAGGACGCAGGAUGAGUGGCAGAGGUGGAAGGUACUCGGAUGGCAGGGAGGGCUACAGUAGAGAUCGUUCAAGGUCUCCUCCACCUCCUUCCUUUAAACCAAUGCAUGUACGGACACGUUUUGCAUACGUGAGAGGUUUUCCUCAGGAUACUCUGUACAAAGGUGUGAGGCAGUUCUUCGAUGGAUGCCUUAUUGGUAAGAGUUGCGUUCACCUCUUCAGAGGUGAGGAUGACCGGUUCCGUGGUGAUGGGUACAUCGAGUUUGGAAACUCUGACGAACUAAAGAAAGCUCUAAGACGCAGUGGUGGAUUAUACAAAGGAAUGCAUAGAAUCACUAUAGAACCUUGCUCGGAGGCUGAGGUCUCCGAUAUGAAACCUUACAUGAUGGAUGCUACUCGUCCUGUUGCCGGGAGCGGAAGGAGAGAGAGACCUGAGAGUGAUCGCUUUGAAGACUCGGAUAUUGGCGGGUACAGGCAUUCUUCAAGGGAAGGGGAUUAUGGCGGAUACCGGGAUGAACACCGAGGGAACGGAAGAGGGAGGGAGAGUCGGUACAUGGAAGGAGAGUACCAUCAUGAUAGGUGGGUGAGGGAGUAUCGCCACAGUGAUCAUUUCCCUCCCUCUGAGCCUCCAUUGGGCCGUCGGAGUCAAUUUAGUAGUAGAGGAGGGAGUGAGAGGGUGAGAGAGACUAGAAGGGAAUUUGAUCAUGAUCAUUUCCCUUACAUUACUUCUAGUAGCAGUAGCAGCAGUCGGGGAGGAGGUGGCCAUUACGGUAGUAGUGGAUUAUCUCUUGCUUCUAGUGGUACUCCUUCAUCCUCCUCGCGUGAUAGGAAGACGCUUCGAGUUGAAGGUCUCUCCUCUUCUGCUACCAUUACGGAUAUUGUUGGAUUCUUCAGGAAUUAUGGAGUGGAAUACGAGUUUGUUAGGAUGCAGUGUUUUGAUGAUGGGACUCCCAAUGGUAGAGCUUUUGUUACAUUUCCAUCGGAGAGGAUUGCGUUGGCUGCACUGCAUGACAUGAACAAACGUCUCUUGAAAAACACUUACGUUGACUUGAGCCUAAUCAACUGAAGGGAAGAAAAGGCCAAAGGAAGACAAAGACUGUUAAUUUUUACAUUCUGUUUCUCCUUCAUGGUUUGUCUCUUUUUGUCUUUCAAAAAGUUUGUAGUAUAA